AUGGCCAUACUCCUAAUGGAAGGAUAUGAAUUUUAUGAAAAAAAAAACAUUCCCUUCUCCGUAAUUCGUUCUUCUGACCAGAAUAUUUCUAUUCAAUGCCUCUUCCAAAGUGUCCCUUUAGUAAUCUCAGCAAUCUAUGUCAGUAACAAUGGUACUACUAGAAGGCUCAUUUGGCAGCAUAUUCAUGAUCUUGAAGCUAACAUAGGUCAUCUCCCAUGGAUCCUUGGAGGUGACUUCAACAUCAUCCUCCACUCUAAUGAAAGUUUUGACAAUGAUCUCAUUGGCCCUUUGACUUCUCCAGAUAUGAGAGAGUUCCAAAAUGUCCUCCAUGAUCUGUAUUUAUUUGACCACCCUUUCUUUGGUCCUUUGUUUACCUUGAGCAAUAAACAACAAAGUUCUUUUCUGGCUAGGAAGCUCGAUAGAGUCCUUAUAAACUCUUCUUGGGCGACAACGUUCAAAGACUCUCAUGUUGAGUUCCUUUCCCCCGGAAUUUCUGACCAUUGUCUUGCACAAGUUUGGCUCAGUAAAGAACUGCAAGCUAAUAGGCCUAAGCCUUUUAAAUUUUUUAACUAUUGGACUCAUCACCCUAAUUUCCUUGAUGUGGUUAACCAGUCCUGGUCAAAACCUGCCCUUGGAAAUCCUAUACAGAUCCUGUUCUCCAAGCUUAAGCGUGUAAAACAAAUUAAAACCCUUAGAGGGGAGGACUCUUUUGAUAAAGAGUUAUUUAUCCAAAAUGAAGUGAAAAAAUUAGAAGAAGCUGAAGCUUUAUAUUUCAGACAAAAAGCAAAAGUCCAAUGGUUAAAAGAGGGAGACAAGUGUACCAUAUUCUUCCACUCUGCUGUAGCUCUCAAAAAUAAAAGAGACAUUAUUAGAAUUCUUAUUGAUGAGCAAGGCAAUCAACUGGAAACCUAUGACCUUAUGUCUGCUGAGGUAGUCAAUUUUUUUACAAACCUGUUAGGGUUGGCAGACUCUGUUGUUAAGGGAAUUAACCCUAAUCUAUUGAAACACUUAAUUAAUUACUCUUUGACUGCUAAAAAAUCUGUUGCUCUUGUUAAAGAUGUUACAAAAGAAGAAAUCAAAGAGGCAAUUUUCUCCCAAGGGAAUGAAAAAUCCUCAGGUUCAGAUGGAUUUUCUCCCUUCUUCUUUAAAACUUCCUGGCACAUCAUCGAAAGUGAUGUUAUUGCUGCAGUCUCUCACUUUUUUUCUGACUCUUUCCUUCUUCCUGCCUUCAACGUAACUGUUAUUGCUUUGGUCCCAAAGGUUCCUAAUCAAAGUAAGGUUAAGGAUUUCAGAACAAUCUCAUGUUGUUCUGUGAUCUACAAAGCUAUCUCUAAGAUCCUAGUAAGGCGAUUGACUCUCCUCCUUCCUGACUUGGUUGCACUAAAUCAAUAA